UUGGAUGAGUCCCUCCUCCCUCCCUCCUUCCUCUUUAAGGGUUAACGCGGGGAAGGAUGACGAAAGAAACAGACAUUUAUAUACAGAAGAAAUAGAGCUCCUCGAGGAAGAAGAAGAAGAGAAGAACAACUUAUCUUCUUCUUCAUCUUCCUUCUUUUUCAUAUCUUCUUUAAGAAGAGAAUCUGUUGUGUUCUUAAUUUGGGUAAAAAAUAAUGCGUAAACCUAGAGAAACAGCCGUGGCCGCCAUGAAUAAGGAAUCGAUGGAGAUUAAGUAUCGUGGUGUGAGGAAGAGGCCUUGGGGAAAGUUUGUGGCGGAAAUUAGGGAUCCGAUGAAAAAACAAAGGAUUUGGCUUGGUACUUUCGAUUCGGCUGAAGAUGCUGCUCGAGCAUAUGAUGAUGCGGCUCGAUCUUUACGGGGACCCAAAACGAAGACCAAUUUCCCAAACAACGUUGUUGCUGCUGCUAAGAAACAACAACCUAUUAUUAAUGUUUUGGAUCAGGAUCUACAACAAGAUAUGAUGAUGGCGGCGGCGGCGGCGGCGGCUCAGAGACCGACUUCAAGCAGUUUGAGCAGCACCGUUGAGUCUUUUAGUGGACCUAGGCAGAAGAAGCCUGUGGUGGUGGUGUCUUUAUCCAAAAGACAUCAUCCUCGGACGCCGCCGAUCUUGCCGGAUGAUUGCCGUAGCGAUUGCGAUUCUUCGUCGUCGGUUAUUAACGAUGGAGGCGUUGGGGAAAUCGCUUCAUCUUCAUCGGUGAGGAAGGGUUUUCAGUUUGAUCUUAAUCUUCCUCCGCCGUUGGAUGACGGCGAUUGCUGCACAGGUCUCCGACUCUGAUGAUAUCUUUUACUUUAUGUUUUUUUUUUUUCAUGCGAGGAAGGAAGAAAGAAAGAUAGAAAUUUCCAUUGACUAAUAAUUAAUUAAUUAAUUAAUCCAAGAAAUGAAAUCAUUGUUAAUUUGUUGUUGUUAUUGAAUGUAGUAUCAUCAAGUUAUAGAAAUGAAUUGAGUUUGGAUCUCUUUGAUUA